AACGGAAGCGUUGCUAUGGCGACGGCCGUGCGCGUUGACGCCACACGCUGCGUCACGUGAAGCGGCAGCGAUGCCCAAGUACUGCCGGGCCCCGCACUGCAGCAACGCUGCGGGGCAGCCCCGGCCGCCCGCCCGCCGGCUCAGCUUCUACAAGUUCCCACUGCAGGACACGGCGCGGCUGCGGCAAUGGCUGACCCAGAUGCGGCGGGAGAACUGGGUGCCCACCCGCCACCAGCACCUCUGCAGCGACCACUUCGAGCCCUCCUGCUUCCAGUACCGCUGGGGCGUGCGCUACCUGCGGCCCGACGCCAUCCCCACCAUCUUCCCCCACAGCCCCCUGAAGCAGGAGAGUCCCAGCACGCUGCCGGGUGUCACCCAGCCUAAGCAGCCCCUCCCAGCGAGCGGUGCAGAGCUGGUGUCGCCAGGGCAGCCACCACUCCCCGAAGCCGCUGCACUGGAAGCUGUGCCUGUCGCCCUGGAGCCUGGCUCGACCACGCCGCCGCUUCUCGGUUCCCCGGUGGAACCGGGAGACGUCCCCGAGGGUGUCCCCAGCUGCGCCACUGCAUCGCCACCGCCAUCCCCGCAGGCAGAGGACGCGGCCGUCAAACCACCCACUGCCAGCCCGCUGCAUUUCAAUCCCGCCCACACCGUGCCGGCCACUACCGCGUCCAAGACCGUCCUUUGUUCAGCCCUGAGGCUCCCCGUCGUCUCCACCGUCCCCACUGUGUCCGAGGCAGUGACACCGGCGGUGACGCCGGGCGAGCUGAGCACCGAGGAACUCGUCGGCGUCGUCUUGGUGCUACAGCGGAAGGUGAAGGUGUUGCAGCAGCGGCAACGGCGACACCGGGCCCGGCUGGAGGCCAUGGAGGGGCUGGUGGAGCAGCUGCGCCGCGAAAGCCUCCUCUCCUCGGAGCGCCUCAAGCUGGCCUGUCUACAGCCGGUGCCGGUGACACCAGACCCUGCUGGUGCCGUCACCAUCAUCUGCCAGGAGGAGGAAGAGGUGGUUUAUGCCGUGCCACCGCCAGCGGGAACAGCCUGCAGCCUCGGCCUGGAGCAGCCGUGACACCGUCACCAGGAUGCUUUGAGGAGGGGUGGCCCUCACUGGGGACACCGCGCUGUGCCUGGGGGUGGCACCCUGUGCCAUUUCCCCCACACACACACACCCCACUUUUGGGGGUGGGUGGGGCUCAGCUGAGGUGCCCCCCACCCAUGGGUGCUGCACCCCAGGGGAGGGGACGCUUUACUUUUGUAUUUAAGGUUUAUUUUGUGAUAUUUGGGAGGGGGUGGGGUUGGGGACAUUCCCUCCCGCCCCCGGCUCUAAUAAAGGACAACGGAGGCGA